AUGGCCUCUCCCCGAGUGCAGCGGGAGGUCUCCUCGGCCCUCGCGCGCGCCCGGUGCAGCGAGCGGUUCCUGAACCACAGGGGCCCCAGCGUCAUCCUCCACGGCGAGGACCUGUCGCAGCCCCUCGAGGAGGAGGUGCGCCAAGCGGCCGAGAGGCUCCGGCUGCUGAAGGACGGCCAGCGCGCCAGCGAGGAGGCAUUCCCGCGCGAGGCGGAGCCGCAGGUCGCGCGGGUGCACCGCCUCCUCGCCCUGGAGACCGACCCGCGGUACGUCCAGAUCUGCAGUUUCCUGGCCGAGUGCGACGCCCCGCAGCCCGCGCAGGGCGGCGUCGCCGGCUCCUCCCGCGACGGCCGCGCGGCCGCGGGCGCCGCCCUCGCGGAGCGGCGCGCGGAGGAGGGGCUCCGCAGGCUGCUCGCGGGCCCCCUCCGGAGCGCGCUGGCGGACCUGCGGCGGGCCAGGAACCCCGACUCGGCCGAGCACCAGCUCCGGGAGAUGCAUGGCUGGCUCUCGUCCCAGUGGCCGCCGGCCGCAGCGGGCCCCCCGCCCGGGCCCCCGGGGCCGCCCAGCUUCUGGUCGGAGGACACCGCCGCCGACCCGACGAUGCCCGGCUCGGCCCUCCGGGGCUGCGGCGGCGCCGAGGGCGAGCCGAUCGGCGCCGCGCCGACGCGCCGCGAGCUCGGCCACGAGGUGUCCCUGUCGGAGGCGGCGCUGAUCGAGAGGGGGCUGCUGCCGGAGACCGGCGAAAGGCUGCAGGGCUUCAUGCGGCACCAGGCGAGCCGGGCGGCGGGGCAGUCCAACGCCGCGGCGGCAGGCUCCCCGCCACGGGGCCCGUGGAAGCCCAGCCCCGGCCCCCGGGUGAUCCCGGACUUCGCGCGCCGCGGCCCCGCGGCCCCGCCGGGCGGCCGCGGCCCGGCGGGGGGCGCGCCGCCCGCGGAGCGCCAUCCCCCCGCCGCCGCCGCCGAGAAGGCCCAACGCCGACCGGCGAUCGCCAGCGUCGGCCGCCGCAGCCGACCGGCGAUCGCCAGCGCCGGCCACCGCAGCCGACCGCCUCUUCGGCUGCAGUGGCGCCGUGCUCUGCCGCGGCGGGCGCUGCCCCGGGGCGGGGCACCGGAAGCGACCCUGGGCGGGGCGCCGGCCGCCCCCCCUCUCUGGGCCGCCACCGCGGCGGGAGCCGGCGCGGGCACCGACCGCGCACGACCUCGGGCCGCGGGGGCGGCCGAAGGGGGCAGCAGCCAUUGCGGCGCUCCUACACCCUCCGCAGCGGACGCCGACGUGAACCCAGGCGGCCUCGACGUCUACGCGCGGGCCCGGGCGGAGCCGGAGCCGAGAAGGCCCAGGCCCGCGGGGCGCGACUCAAAGAGAAUCGGCACAUGCAGUUGCUCUUUCGCAGACUUCGGCAGCGACGCCAAGGGGCCGCAGAAGAAAGCCGAUGAGUGGAAUCGGAUGAAGGAAGCACCUACCGUCGUUUCCGUGGCCGCAGCCACCGACUCGCUCCACCGCCGCCUUUGCUCCGAGGAGCCUCUGUGGCCAGAGAACCUUCACGACCAUAAGAAGAAGCCACGUGGAGCUUACCAGGGCAAGAACCGCUAG